AUGUCCAAGGACCAGCACGCCCCACCCCCAUCACAAUGGACCGCGGCAGCCUACAGUUCCGCCGCCGCCUUCGUUCCGCAACUCACCACCAAGAUCCUCCAGCUAAUCUCCCCACAGCCCACAGACCGCAUCCUCGACGUCGGCUGCGGCGACGGCAAGUUCACUGCGCGCUACCUUGGCGGCGUCACUGAAGUCCUGGGCGUGGACGCCAGCGCCAGCUUCAUCGACACGGCGAACGCCGAGUACGGAGCGGGCAGUUCCUGGGCGCGAGCGUUGGCUGCAGAGCAGUCCGACGCUAAAGGAAAGGGGAACUUCAGGGGCAAGGUGGUGGACUGCCGCUUCCUGGAGCGGGAUGCCGAGGUCGCGGCGGGCGGGUUCGACAAGGUGGUCAGCAACGCGGCGCUGCAUUGGAUUCUGCGUGACGAGGCAACGCGCAAGAAUACGCUCCGUGGCUGCUUCGAGGCACUCAAGCCUGAUGGAGUGUUUGUGUUCGAGAUGGGGGGCGCGGGGAAUGUGGCGGAGAUGCACACCGCAUUCGUAAGUGCGCUGGUACAUCAUACUACCUGUGGCGUCCGGGAAGCGCAGGAGGUGAGCCCGUGGUUUUUCCCGGACGUGCAGGAGAUGAGGGCCUUGUUGGAAGGAGUGGGGUUUGAGGUGUCAGAAGGAGGCUUAGAAUUGGAAUAUAGGCCGACUAAGAUGGAGAGUAGUGAGGAUGGGAAGCCGAAUGUCGAAGGUUGGGUCAGAUUGAUGGGACGGCAGUUCUUGGAUCGCGCUAUGGAGGAGGGAAAAGAAGAGGAGGUCGUGAGGGAGGUGUGCGAGGUUGUGGGGAUGAGAGGUAUCUGUGGAAGGGCUGAUGGAAGGGGAGAGAUGGGAUACGUGAGGCUGAGAGGACUGGCGAGAAAGAGAGGAUGA